CCUCCUCUUCUCUCUCCCUUCCCCCUCGCUCUGUGCCUGAAGGCCGGGGAGGGCGGCUCUGCUUCUCCCCGCCCCCCACCCGCUUUUGCGCCCGAGUAAGCGGAGAGGGGAAGGGACGGCGUAGAAAGCAGAAGUCGGGAAGGAGGGAAGGCAGGCGGAGAAAGGGAAGCCGAAGGAAGGAAGGAAGGAAGGAGCCAAGAAAGCAAGCGGGGUCGGACGGCAGGCGGGAGUCCCUCCAAGUUGAGCGGGAGAGCAGCUCCCGAGCGCGGCGGCGACCAGGAAGUCGGGGCGCCGCAGACGCCGCGGGGGGAGAGGAAGCGGCGCCCGAAGAGAAAGCAAAAGCCACCCGCCGCCUCCUCCUCCUCGCCGCCGCUCUCCCGGCUGGCGUCCGCCUCGCCGGCGGCUCCCUGCGCUCCGCUCCGCCGCUGCCAUGGCCCAGGAGAACGGCGAGCAGCGCGGCUCGUCCUGGAAGAAGCAAGCCGACGACAUCGGCCAGAUCUUCGAGUUCAAGGAGACGCUGGGAACUGGAGCAUUUUCUGAAGUCGUACUGGCUGAAAACAGGAGUACUGGAAAACUUUUUGCAGUUAAGUGCAUCCCAAAGAAAGCCCUGAAAGGCAAGGAAAGCAGCAUAGAAAAUGAAAUUGCCGUUCUCCGAAAGAUCAAGCAUGAAAAUAUUGUGGCACUGGAAGACAUAUAUGAGAGCUCAAGCCACUUGUAUCUGGUUAUGCAACUGGUGUCUGGAGGAGAGCUAUUUGACCGCAUUGUGGAAAAAGGCUUCUAUACUGAAAAGGAUGCAAGUACGCUGAUACGGCAAGUCUUGGAUGCUGUCUACUAUCUCCACAGAAUGGGCAUUGUUCACAGAGAUCUCAAGCCAGAAAACCUGUUAUACUACAGCCAGGAUGAAGAAUCUAAAAUCAUGAUAAGUGAUUUUGGAUUGUCAAAAAUGGAGGGUAAAGGCGAUGUCAUGUCCACAGCCUGUGGCACCCCAGGAUAUGUUGCUCCUGAAGUGCUUGCCCAGAAACCCUACAGCAAAGCAGUGGACUGUUGGUCCAUUGGAGUUAUUGCAUAUAUUCUCCUCUGUGGGUACCCUCCUUUCUACGAUGAAAAUGACUCCAAGCUUUUUGAGCAAAUUCUUAAAGCGGAAUAUGAAUUUGACUCUCCUUAUUGGGAUGAUAUCUCUGAGUCUGCUAAAGAUUUUAUUCGGAAUUUGAUGGAGAAAGAUCCCAAUAAAAGAUAUACCUGUGAGCAGGCAGCCCGACAUCCGUGGAUUGCCGGAGACACAGCCCUCAGUAAAAAUAUCCACGAAUCCGUCAGUGCUCAGAUUCGUAAGAACUUUGCAAAAAGCAAAUGGAGACAAGCUUUUAACGCCACAGCUGUAGUGAGACAUAUGCGGCGGUUACAUCUUGGCAAUAGUUUGGAUAGUGGUUCAAACAUUAGUGUAUCAAACAGCCUCAGUCUGGCCAACCCACUACCUGAUGGAGCUUCCAGAAAAGAGUGUAUGCCCCCAUCUACCCUCUGUAGUUUUGCUUCUUCAGCUUCAUCCGGUAUUUCUGCCGUUGGAGAGAGGAGGCCAAGACAGACUACAAUAACAACAACAGUACACACAGGGACCAAGUGAUCCAGGUCAACCCACUCGUCCCACCCACAAGGAAGAGGACAGAGAUGGGAAAAAGGGCCCUGGUGGGCAAACAGGCAGGGAAGAAAAUCUUCUCCCAGGUGAUUUCAUCCUACAUUGCAAACACAUUGAAGCAUUAGAAGAAAAGAAGGAUUUUUUUAAAAAAAAUAAUAAAUGGCCAUAUUUUAUACUGCGAUUCUGAAAUGUUGUAUUCAUUGCAAACUGCAAUGACGUCUGGAGCAUGGGGAGGGAAAGGGUUGGGAGACAGAUAAGCGGCACCUGGUGCUGGGUCCGUGAAUCUAGAAAUGUUCUAACUAAAGGGCAUGUGUUAGUUCCUCAAUGAUUUACUCUGUUCUCAGUGUUGGUAUCAAUACAUGCUUUGUUUUUCAUUAACUAAAUAUCUCAACUGGAUUAUUUAAAUAGAGUAAUUUCAAACAUUGUUUUUCUUUUCUCCAUAUUUUCAGCUUUGUUGUUUUUGUUUUCGUUUUUUCACAGCGGUAAAAAAUACAUAGAAGUUUGCAUUAAACUUUCAAAUCAGGAAGCUUUUGAUGGCACGUUUUUAUAUAUUUUUUUCCCUUAACAUGUAACUUUGGACUGCAGACUUGUCUGGAUCUUGCAAUGAUGUUUAAAAUGAACUGCUUUUGCACCACUUCUUUUUGGGAAAAUGGGAACAAAGUCUGGUUUCCUUCUAGUCCUAUGGAAGGGGAAGGUUCCAUGGGUUUGAUUUCAGAAUAUGGUGCUGUGAUAAUCAUUGAAAGAAUGUUCUAUUUUCUGUUUGCAUUUGCACCAGACCCAUCUUUGUGGGCUCCAAAAUGGGGCUUUAAGAAUUUCCCUGUGUUUUUUUUUCAACUGAACUGGGGAGGAAAAAAGCCUCCCCAGAAACACAAAAACUUUAUUACGGCCAAAGACCAGCAUAUAACAAUACAAUAUAAAAAGGAUAUAGAAAUAUAAAACUACAAUAUAAAAAGCAAAGGAUGAAACAGUGUGGCACUGGGGAAGUUCAUAAACACUUCAGAAUAUACACGCCAGCAAGUAAAUGUACUGUAAAAGACUUUCAUGUGAUUCUUUCUAUUAAAAUAUUGAAUAGAUUGGUUUAAAUUGAGUCUCCUAAGCAAAGGGGCCAGCCAGCCUUAGUACAGACCAUAUGCCAUUUUUGUCCCCAUGAAUAUAGCAAUCAGAACAGGGUUUGGGUUUUUUUCAGUGCUGACCAGUCAGUGAUUUACAGUAAGCUGUGGAGCGAUUACUGAGUCUGUUUCUUCCAGGAAUGUCUGGCAACCAUGCUAUUAUAAUCCACCUUGCACUGAAAUGUGAUCUUUCCAGCAGUUUUCUGCGAUGCACAAAAGUACAUCUGAUUUUUCCAUUGUGGUUUACUUAAAACUCAAAUAUAUUGCUCAGUAAAUCUGAAAGCAGCAUGCAGCAUUUGGGAAAAUGGUGGAUUUUGCUAGAAUCGUUCUGUACAUCAUUCUGCCAAAGAGUAGGGCUGGGAUUUAAAAUGAGAGGGAGAAAAUCUGCUUAAUGAUGUCUUGAUUUACAUCAAAUGGAUCCAUAAGAAUUCAAUUCCCAACCACCAGUUUGAGUUCUCUCCGCCCAUCCUUGAAUCAGAAAGAAACAAUUCUGACAUGAAAUUUGCUCUUCUUUGUCCUGCCUCUUGAGAUUCUCUUCUUAAUCCCUCCCAGACCCUGACUUCCCUCCACAGAUUAACAGACUUCCUGUACCUUGAGGCUAUCACUGCACAGGUUCAAAAUAAGGAGGAAAAUACUACUUUAACAACAAAGACAGUGUUAUUGGAGUCCAUAAGACUUCAAAACCACUUACAAUUUAGAGCUGAAACCAAAACUGGUGAAAGCAUCUGUUGCUGUGCUGUGAAUUCUAUGUAGAGGGACCAGCACAGUACUCUCUUCUGAAAAUGAAAUGCUAGGUUAGCUUCCAGGACAUACUCCACCCUCCACCCCACCCUGGAUGUUUAGAUCAGCCUAUGUGGUUUUAAUACUAGUGCCAUGCACAUGAAGAAACUUGGAAAAUUUCCCCUUCCCUUGCAGAUUUGCCUGUCUGAUUAAAAAGACUGCUUAAUAAAAUCCUCUAUGUGAUGCAAGAACAUAAGCCAAUAGCAUGGAAUAAACCAAUCAGUGAGACCAGUGAGAAAAAUGUGGACCUGCUUAAGUCCUUCCCAUAAAAAUCAGUAGAACUGAAGAAUGUUUAAUUUUGGCUGGAUCCCAUUUCCUAUGGCCAGAAAUUAACUCCUAACACUGUUUCUCUCUUCCGUAUUCUCUUCUGUGUCUCUUUUUCCCUUUAUCCCAAGCCUUUACAAUAUAAAGCCUAUCCAUGUUGUUUUCUCGUAAUGUUAUAAUACAUAAAGUCCAUUUAAUUUGGUAGGCGUGAUAAAACCAUGCAGCAGAUGAGAAUGGCUAUUCCAUUUUCUUUUCAUCUGAAAAGAAAUUUCACUAAUGCCCCUAUUUUCCAUAGGUCAAUGAUUUUUCAAUUAAGGCUAAUGUUUUUAUCUAUUUUAAUAAUUAAAAGUUUGAAAAGUGCCCAUUCUAAAUGUCAGGGUCCAAGCAUCUCAUCUACGUGCCUGGUUUUGCUUUAUCUUAGGUUGCAGAUAUAUUUAGAAUCAUUAUGUCUUUCAUCAUCUUCUCUUUAAAUGUGCAAAAUUUUAAAAAAGUUCUCUGGGCAUAGAAGAGGGAAAGAUAGACAUGCUCUUUGACUCUCUUUUUAUCUCUCUCUUUUUUUAAUUAAUCAGUACAUGCAUACUACAGCAGUACCUUUAUCUAUAGAAACUUUUUUUGAGAGAGAGAGAAAGAGAGAGGAAGAAUUAUUUCUUUUUCCUCAAUAGGGAAGCAAAAAACAGUAAAAAAUAGUACUGGUUUGGGUGUUUUCAUAUUUUUUUUCCCCCAAAGGGAAUGGUGGAAAACAGAUAGGUGAAGCCAACUGUUGGUGCAGAAUUGGGAAUUGCUGCUGGAGGGAUUUCAAUACCAAGAUGUCUAAUAAAUGCAUGAAGCUGCACUGCAUGUUUUGAUGACUGUGCUUGCUUUCCCAAUCUUUGCCUUUGUAUUAAAACACAUUCCAAAUAUGAAGGCUUCCUUCCAUCUCUUAAAGUCGAUUUUGUAAAAUGUAUCUCAUUCUAUAACUUCUGAGUCAUUGCUUAUUCAUGCUAGUGGAAAAGGAAACCAAGCAAGGAUUAAGGGUGGGUCCCCCAUCGCCCUGGUCAUAGACACUUGGUUUCUCUAAGAGCAUCAGCCACCCACAGAGGUGUCUUUGUUAUCUACGCAUUGGUCCAUUGUGUCUGUGGAAAGAAAGAGGGGAGGGGAAAGUCCAACAAAUAAGACCUAAUAGCAACAGAACGCAUGUGCCAUUUGCAUUCCUUGUGAUCAGAGUAACAACGUAACUAGUUAAAGAAGCCUCCCAUCUCUGGUAAACAGCUCCAUCUUAAAUCUUGCAGCAUCAGUAGAAGGAGAGAGAAGAGCAAUACUAACACAAGGUCACACAAACCACCAAUGACUCUGGGUUUGUCGAUAGAGAUGCUUUGCACAAAUGGGUAGCUUUGAGAGGUUAGUCUACUUCCUUGAUAGGAAGAUCAUGAAGCAUGAACAAGUGCAACAAACAGCAGUUUGCCAUUACUACUUUUCCCUCGCAGGGCUCAGAAUCAGGAAUUUUCUAAGUUCUCCCCAAGUUAUGCAGGACAAUAUCCGAUUCCAAUAACAACAAUCAAGGCAAGCUUCUUUUCUGUCUGUGCAUCGGUCAGUUAUGUUGUGGAAAGAAAGAAAGGGGAAGAGUUCCAUUAAAUAUUACAUAAUCCUCUGAAACAUGAUGCUUCCACAGGAAUUUCUUGGCAGACUAAAAGAUAAGUAGGAAGUUUGAAAGCCACAAUUCCAAAGCUGGGAGGUACAGACUGAAGCCAUGCAUAUGUUUAAUUUUCCCCUGGAUCAGUGGCCUUUAAUGUCAGUACUUCUCUAGCAGAAGUUGCAUUUAGGAAACAGUUGCACACGGUGAAACCAAAGGCCAGAAUGUUUCUCAAGCCAUUAGAGAUCAGAAUUUUUUUUCAUUCAUUAAAUUUUGUUACGUUUCACAAGGCCUCUUGUUCUUGGCCAGCAAAGACGCUCCAUCUUUUCCCACACCAGUAAGAAAGCGUAACCUUUUGACUUCUGGAUUUGAUAUCUCCUUGUUUGAUUUUUCUUUUUUUCUGAGAUACGAAAAGGGCUGAAAGCAAAUGAGAAUUUUGCACUCUUUGCACAGAGGAGUUGAAAAUAUAGUUCCUGUUACUCUCUGAUGUAUAAUGCUAACUAGGCGUGGGGGAAAAGGUGCAUUACCUGAAAAAAAUAGGAAUAGAUAGCCACAGCCAUCCCAGAUAGAGUUUGAUGGCACAAUAAGCAGCUGCUAAAUUUUAAGAUUAGUGAUUUAAAACCAUAUGACCUGCCUAUAUAGCUCAGAUUUUGUUUUGUGAAGAAAAAAAUGAAGUCAGGCUGACAGAUCUACCCAAAACCACUUUGUAUUUCAAAUUCUCUGUAGAGAACCAAAAACCCAAAUGCUCACUCUGAUUUUGAGCAAGCAACUAUUAUUUCCACACACACAUGCACACACUUGGGAACUGAAGACUGUUGAAAGUAGUGAGAAUGAUGGGUGGCGACCAACAUCAGGGCCUUACAUGUCCACUUAUGCACAUAGGGACGUCCCUUUCUCUGCAAAAGUUCAAUGCAUACCUAGAUGACAUUGCAGUGAACGUGUUGGAAUUGUUUUCGCAAGCACCAACCGCAGGCUCACAUUCACAAAUGUUUGAAAUACGGACUAAAGGGCAGCCUGUUAAAUGUAUUUAUGAGAUCUUUACUUUAGUGGCUAAUUCCCAAAGAUACACAGUACGUGGAACUGCUUUUGAAUACGGAACAUCCCAUGGAAGGAAGUCAGAUGAGCCAUGUGUUGAAUAAUAUCCAGUGUUUUGGAAUCCCAGCUGAGAAGAUCAAUCAGGUCUCUGGAUUUAUUGGAAUUUGAAGCAGUCCUCCCCACUGAUUUAAACUGAUUUUAAACUUGGGGAACGGAAGUAAUAGAGAAGCAGCAUUUGGUGUUUGCAAGACCUUAUGCUCAUAAUGCAAACAAAGCUAGAAUAAAUAUCUCCCAGCCUAAUACAAAACUUGAUCAUAUACAAUGAGGUUCUUUAAAGAGCUGAAAGAACAGGUUGGGGAUAGAUCAUCAUGGAGAAAAUCUAUCUAUGUGGUUGCUCGGAAUUGAAAAUGACUUGAUGGCACAUAACCAACCAAUCAAAAGGGCACUGCUUUAAUGCUGGUUGGAGGAUUUAUGGAAAGUUUCUAACACUUACUGCCAUCUCUCCAACUGUUUGGUCUCUCAGACCGUCUUGUCAUCCAUUACUAUUACCAGCAAAUACAUAUGUUGAUUAUUUGAAGUAGCACAUAAAUCCAUUCAAUCCAUGAAAGAGAAUAGGAAGAUUAAGUUACUGCAUUCUUCCUUCCCCUUACAUUUCUGGAAACCCACCUUAAGUGGAGAGAACUUGUUCAUGAGAUCUCCUUUGAGAGACAUGAAUUGUAACAGUUGGUACACUGGACUAGAGUGUACGCUGGCUGGGGAAUUCUGGGAGUUGAAGUCUACCCGUCUUAAAGUUGCCAAGGUUGAGAAACAUCGCUCUAGUCAAAGUAGAACCCUUUCAGUGGAGAUGUUUAAGAAUCUCUGGAUUCUCCACAACACAAUUCACACUGAAAUUAAUGACGCUGUGAGGUGCUUCACUUUGAUUAGAAAAUUCCAAACAUCUGUAGCUUUUGACCACCGUCUAAUAUAGAAUGAACUACAUUUUAAUUGAAUCUCUGGCAAAACCUUAUGUGUAUUUACUUGAAAAUAAGAACCAUUCAGUUCCGUGGGACUUGCUUUUCCAUAAUUGAGUAUAGGAUUGUAGCUGUAAGCUUGCUGGAUGCUUUGGUCUGUGAGAAGCUUUGCAGCAACCCAGCAGGAGAAUCGAGGUAGUGAAACUGCUACAUCUAUUGUCGAUUAACGUGUAUGUUCUCAUGCCUAUUGUAAUGUACCUCCAAGACUCAUUCAAAUGCCUGGGUAUGAAUUUGGAUGUAGAUUUCCAAGCAGAGCCACCUAUUGUUACAUGUGACCGAUGGCUUGUGACUGAAGAUGACUGAGGAAUCUUGUUUCUAAAUGGGAUUCAGCAUUUUAAGUACACUUUUAUUCACUUGGGGUUUUUUAAAGCUCAGUUUUACUCAGAUCAAAACCUGGAAUGAUUCUUAAAAUUGCAUUUACUGCAAAACAUCUCAUGAUUACUUUUAUUUUUACAAAAAAAAAAAGUAUGGUUUUUUUAAAUAUUUAAAAAAAAGGAAAUUUAAAAGGAAAAAAAAUUGCAAAUUUAAUCCAGGAAUGUCAGUGUGCCUGUUAUUAUACGUCUUGUAAUCAAUUCAGUUUCAUGACACCAUCUUUGAGAAGGGAAAUGUGUAUUUACUCAGUGCAUGUAACAAGACACAUAGCAAAAUGUUUAACCUGCCUAAGCAGUUUGCGAUGCUACAAAUUGUUAAUGGGGCUGUGUUGCAAAUUAUUCUCUGCCUUGACAAUCAUGUAUACAGCACUUAUCAAGAUUUCUAUCAUAAAGAUUAUUUAAGGGAUAUGGAGAAUAAUUUUCCUCCAAUAAAUCAAAUUAAACCACCUUCAUCUGA